CGACUCCACCCUCGUGCUCUCAAGGUCAGUGCUCCGCAUGAUCGACCAUCAACAUUCUGGAGUGUCAAUUGGCGAAGCGGCCUUCAAUCGGAUAUCGAUCUUUUCCUAGCUGGAAAUGAAGAUUCAUUUGUGUCCACUCAGCCUCGUAGACUUGUUUCUCGGCGACUAUUUCGUUACAAAAGAUGUCAAGUUCAUUAUGCUCCGUACGUCAAUGCUCCGUAUGUUGUUCAAUAGACUUUCGGAAAUACCUUCGCGAAAAGAGAUUGCUCGCCAUCCAACUUGGUUCUUGGGAGGAUAUUUGCAAAGAAAAGCGAUGCCGUUUCUGUCGACUAGUUCGGGACGCCAUAUUUUUACACGCACACAAACCUUCGCCAGAGUCUAUCAUCAAAUUAUCAAAUAAAAGGAGUUGGAAAUGUUGCACCAGCUACAACGAGUAUCAUGGAAUUAGGUGGAAAGCUUACUCCAACGAGUUUGAUCUUCAAGCCUACGCUAAGAAAACCCAGACCGAUUCUCGAUAUCAGUUUUUCGUCUAUUGGGACUUGGAAUCGACAGAAAUGGUAGAAGUUCUGCUUCGGCCGCUAUGUGACGGCCCCUUUUUCGGAAGAGCCGUGGAUCGAGAUCACGCAGAUCUGGCUCUGUGUCGCAAAUGGCUGGAAGCGUGCGAUAACUAUCACGCCGGAUCGUUUGGGCAGUGUAUCGGCAAGAAAAGUUCGCUAAGAUUCCUUCGGGAAAAUCUUCGCUUGAUUGACGUUGACAAGAACAAAAUUGUGAAGGGAGCAUCAGAUCGGACUCGAUAUGUCGCACUAUCGUAUGUCUGGGGGCAAGACAAGAUGAAGAGGGAAAUGCCCAAGAGCUUGAAAGCAGCGGUUCGGACGGGUGAAGACGGAAUUGAAACCAUCGAGUUGCCUGAACUCCUGCCUCGUACUAUACGAGAUGCUCUUGAGGUCACUCGUUCAAUUGGCUAUCGCUUUCUUUGGGUAGAUUCUCUCUGCAUCGUACAAGAUGACGACGAAGACCGGGACUUGCAGAUCGAUAUGAUGGACGAGAUAUACAGCAAUGCGACCUUAACUAUCGCUGCUGGGACAGGCCUACAUGCAGAUUGGGGAUUACCCGGGGUUAGCAGACCAAGGCACUACACUCAACGCUCCGAAAUCGUGAAUGGGGUCGAACUUGCUGUUGAAUUUCCCUCUUUCCGCAGUCUCAAUUCGGGCACCUCGCUUAUCUGGAACAGUCGAGGAUGGACAUUGCAGGAAAAGGUACUAUCCAAACGACUGUUGCUUUUUACCGACUUCCAAGUGUAUUUCAGAUGUGCGAAUUCGGUCUGCUCUGAAGAUGUCGCUAUGGAAACUGGGGCACUUUCUACCAAUAUGAAGAGGAGGCCGAAUCCGUUUCAGUGGGGAGCUAAUCGUGACGCUCCUAGCUCACUCGAAAGGAUUGGCGACCUCUUGACGUUCAAUAAGUUAAAGCUCACCGACAAGAAUUGGAAUCUAACAUUCCUCCCAAACUAUGUGGCUCUAGUCGCAGAAUUUAGCCUGCGAACAUUUAGCUUUAAGAAAGAUACGCUGAAAGCAAUGUCGGGAGUUCUGUACAAUUUGGACCAAUCGAAGCUGGCUUUUCCUGGAGGCUUGCCACGAGCUUGGUUCGCAGAAGCACUCCUCUGGCAGCCAGAAUACGCCAGCACGUAUUCCAUUAACCCCGAAUCCAGCCGACUUGGAAUUCCUUCCUGGUCUUGGGCAGCAUGGGCACUGGACCGAGGUUGCGUCUGGCCGGAAUUCGCCCGCCCGAAGGCCCUCGCUUGUGGAGGGCCGCAAAUGACGAUAUAUGUCGAGGAUAAGGGAGAAUCGAUUCUCUUGUACUCUACAGACGUCAAGAGUGGAAAGUUUUCGGAAUCCAGGAUAUCAGCCACAUCGAUGGCUCUCUCAAUUAGUGCUCGGCAACAGCUGAAACUCUCCGGUACCUUGCUCCGUUUCGAAACACCUAUACAAAGAUUCAAAAUCGGUGCAGCGACAAAAAACCGCGAUAUGUCGGAGAAAGCGCUACAAACAUUCUACCUUCUAGAUCACGCUGGCUCUUGCGUAGGGAAGAUAUGGACUUGUGCUCGUGUUGCCGGGAAGCCCGGUGACCACGAGUUCAUCUUCCUUUCCAUCAGGAAAACGGGCGAAGCUCUGGAAGGGGCGGUGGCUGAGGAGUAUUUCCCUAAGGGCCCGUCUCGGACUGUACUUAAUAAGGACCCCACGACCGGUGCCUAUACGGGCACGUCAUCUACGGUCGAGGGCCCUGUAUAUCGGAAUCCAUUUGACUGGAAAGUUGAGAAUGUCAUGCUUGUGGAGUGGAAGGGUAGCAUUGCCUUUCGGGUUGCGGUAGGGCAGGUCAUUUCGACAGUUAGGGAAGAAGGGCGACGGCAGAUGGUGUAUCUUGGGUAGGAUGCGAUUGGUAGAAGUCAUCCUUCAGGUUUUGUUGAGGAAAUUGAGGGAUUGAGCUUGGGAGGGGAUUGUCAGGGUGGGUUUGGUAGUCUAUGUUGGACGGGCUACUCCUGUUUAGGUUUGAGAAUCAGAUACCCAUUACGUUUUUGGAAUAUACGAAGAGCCUUGGUAAUGCGCUUCAAGUCUUCUAGCUAGUCGUUGGUAAUACCUUCUAUAUUUAUGAACAUAGAUACUGCUUUGAAAGGACCAUAC